CACCUUUUUGCUCUCAUAUUUCUCAAUUCUCAAACUAGAGUCGCUGUCAGCUCUCACAUCUCAAUCUCUAACCCCCAACUUCUCUCUCAAAGAAGUUACAGAGCGCUCCCAUGGACAAUGUACAUGAUGACUAUGGUGAGUACUUUGUUAGAGAAAUGAAUACUGUAGAAGAAUCUAAAGCUCGUGUUUCAAGAUUGCUUCAGGAGUUCGAGUUAUCCAUUGGUGCUGAGACUAACCAGGAGUUACAGAAUACUCCCAUGGACCGUGUUGGCUGGGUGAAGCUCUUGGUUAAAGAAAUGAAGAAUGCCUCCAAUGAAGAUGAUGCUAUUGCUCGUGUUUCAAGACUGUUGGAGGCUUUUGAGUCAUCCAUCCGUGCAAGUGCAAACACUGAGAUUAACCAGAUGGUGGAACUAGGACAAACUCUCUUGCAGGAAUGUAUAAUUCUCAGGCAGUCAUUGGCUAUCCAACAAGAACUUCAGAAAAAGUGUGAAGAACGGAAAUUGGAGUUGCAACAUGUGAAGCAACUGGUGACUCAGUACCAAAUUGGGCAGAGAACAUUAAAGGAAAGAGAAGCACUUCUUCGGGCAGCAUAUGAACGUGAGCAACAAGUGGGGUCCUAUUUCCUGAAUCAGAUGAGUAAUAUAGAGGAGAAGAUGAUUGAUUUGUCCACUUUGCUAAGCGACCUCCCAGCACUCUGAUGUCUUCUAUUGAUUCUUGGAUACGUUAAUUUGGCCUAAUAGGUACAUAGUUAGUAUUAGUAUGUGAGAGCUUUCAACUGCUGUGAAAAAGGUUGUGCAAUUUAUCUGUAGGUACUACAAAUGGUGUCUACCGUCCCAAUUGGUUUGUGUGGGCUUUCCCCUAUUAGAUUCUUCUCUUUACUGUUUGUGACCUCGAUUUCAAUAUUGAAUCUUUUUUUUUUGGGCAAGUAAUUUCAAUAUUGAAAUUGAUACACAUCAUAGGUGUUUGUAGGUUUAUGUGUUCAGAGAUCAAAUAAAUCAAUUGUAGCAAUAUACCUUGAUAAAGGGAUUAGUGUUGUUUAAAUAUCUCUUUGUUUCGGAUUUUCUU